AUGCUUGCCACAACGUGGGAGCACAGCCUGCGGGCGAAUGCGGCGCUUGCGGCAGACGUCUUGAGGCACAAUUGGCAUAUGGGUGUCACAGCCUUCGGAGGCCCUCCGGUGCAUUUCAAGAUCUUUCACGACCGCUUCGUAAAGCGACUGCGAUGGAUCGAUGAGGAGAUGUUCCAGGAGCUCUUUAGCAUCUCCCAGGCCCUCUCGGGACCCGCCAGCACCAAGAUGCUGUACUGCAUCAACCUUAUCCAGAACGGCCUCCUCGGCGCCAUCCUAGCCUUUUUCAUCUGGAGGUGA